AUGAUCCAGAACCUGCAGCGGAUUAUCGGCCACUAUCACCAUGGCGGUGAUAAAUGGCAGAAUACAGACCGCCUAGAGCUGACCACUCGUCGGGGAGAUCCUCGGCGCAUCUCCACGCCUCCGCCUUAUCUGUACUGUAUCCUUACUCCUUCCCUCUCUCUUUUUUCGAUUUUCGUUGUCAGCCAAGAGCAUAUACUAGUAAACAUGUCCGCUCAGAACUCCGCAGGCAUUCAAACCCUCCUCGAUGCUGAGAGAGAGGCACAGAAGAUUGUUCAACAAGCUAGAGAAUACCGUACGAAGCGCAUAAGGGACGCGAAGUCGGAGGCACAGAAGGAAAUCGAGGAAUACAGAAACCAGAAAGAGCAAGAGUUCAAGAAAUUCGAGGCUGAGCACUCGAGCGGAUACAAGAAAGCCGAAGAGGAUGCAAACAAGGAGGCAGAAGUGAAGCUGCAGGAAAUCAAGGAAGCUGGAAACAGCAAGGGCGCUAAGGUUGUCGAAGACCUUAUCAGUGCAUUGACUGAUGUGAAACCUGAGGCUUCCGAAAAGAUUUUGAGCCAGGCAUAG